AAACAGUAGUAUCUGCUAUGGAGGACGUAAACAUAGGAGCUAUUGCAGUAUGGGUGCAUGUUUUGUUAAUUUUAUUGAUAUACCCAACUCAAGGAAAAUUCCACCAGUGGGGAAACGGUGAUGAAAGUGUUGUAAAAUUAGACUUUAAAAAUGUCGAUCCUCAAAAUGACAAUUUUCUUAGGUUUAAACGCGAAACAAGCAGCGGUUUUAACGUUACGACGGACAGCAACAUGCAACAUCGUGUGACCAGCAACAAGUUUGUAAUCCCUGAUACAAACCACACUCAGGCCGUGGUCCACUGGUCUGGAAAGGGAAGCGAUGUGCUGUUUGUUUUGACCCGAGAACAGCAGGCCUUUCGUGUUGUGGACAGCACAUUCUGGAGGUCAUCAGAUUAUGGGAAAACAUUUCAGAAGAUUGCCUUUGACUCAGAUGCUGUUCUUGAUAUGAUUUACAAAUCUACCACUGACUCUGGCAGGAAGAAGAUGAUUGUGACAGACUGUACCAACAAACGCCUGUACCUCUCCUCCGAUGAGGGGCUGACCUGGAGCCGGAUGGAUGUGCCCUUCCCCCCUGACACCCUUGUGAUCCACCCCACAGAACCUGGCUGGAUGCUGGGAUUCUCGCUGUUUGACAUGCAGUUAUUUGUGAGCAGUAACUACGGACGGAAUUGGACACUUCUACAUGAACAUGUGAUGCAGAACUUCUUCUGGGCUGUUGAGGCUGAAGAUGAGAAUAAAUUUACCGUCCACAUGGAGAUAACUGAUUAUCUGGCUUUUUCAGAAUACAAGGCGUGCAUUGCUCCAGCCUGUACUGACAUCACUGUGGACAAAAGUUUGGGUACUAUUGAUCCAUUUUCAUUGUUGGUCCGAAAUGAAUAUAUAUUUAUAAAGAAAACUGAACCCGAUCAACACAACCCAGAAUUGUAUGUCUCAUACAAGAGAGGCCCAUUUAGGAAAACCUAUUUCCCUCUGAAUGUCCAUCCAAGGGAUUUCCUGAUAGUUGAUGCUAACCAGAAUCAGGUUUUUGUGGCAGCUGACCAUGAGGAGAAUCUAGUCACUCUUUAUUUAUCUGAACCAACUGGUCAGUUUUUUGUCCCCACCUUGGAGAACAUUGUUAGUGAUCAAGAGAGUGGGUGGUUUCAACUGGAAAUUGAUUUGUACGAGGUGAAGGGAAUUCCAGGGACAUACAUCUCAAACCAGUAUUUUAUACCAGAUCCCAAGGGAGAUCAGGUGUCUGAGAGGACCUUUAUCACGUUUGACAAGGGAGGUAACUGGAGACUACUUGAACCUCCUGCAGAACUGAAGCCAGGGUGUAAAAAUCCUCAGAGGUGUAGUCUGAAUCUUCACCAGACGUACAGUAAAAAUAAAUUAAACAUCCCGGGCAUUGUCUCCAAGCCUGAGGCCCCAGGGCUGAUUCUGGCUCAUGGACGGGUUGGUGAAAGUUUGUACAAUGGGGUACAGGCCAGGGUGUUCAUCAGUAGGGAUGGAGGCCUAUCAUGGAAACAGGCACCUUUUAUGGGGUAUUACCACCUUAAUAUACUGGAUCAAGGCGGGGUCAUCACAGCCAUCCUCCAGGACGAUAGGACCAAUUCUGUAUAUUACUCAAUCGACGAGGGAUCGACAUGGUAUUCCCAUGAAUUCACAGAUAAACCAAUGAUUGUCGAUGGAGUUCUGAACGAACCAGGAAUCAACACGCUCAUGGUCAGUGUGUAUGGUAGACUAAGUGAGAAGGGAAACAGGCAGAUGGUGCAGCUGAACUUCACUGAUGUGUUCACCAGGAAGUGCUCUGAUGUCGAUUAUCAAAUCUGGACUGUAUUUGAAAAGGGUUGCAUUUUGGGUAGGAAAAUGCAGUAUCACCGCAGGAGUGCAGAGGCCAAGUGUUACAAUGGUCGAGAUUACAAGAGGCCAACCAUCUCAUCAACAUGCCUGUGUAGUAAUGAAGAUUAUGAAUGUGACUAUGGUUAUGAACUGACUGAUACAGUAAACAAAAUCUGUACAAGAGCAGACUGGUUUGAUGAAAAUCUGAUCAAACUCAACUGUAAAGGUGGACAAGCUUACAACAAAAGUCAGGGGUAUAGGAAGGUGGCAGCUGAUCGCUGUGUAGGAGGGGUAGAGAACUCCGAUAAAUAUCGCCCCAUUGUGGCAAUGUGCCCUGUCUUCCCCCCUACCGGACUACGGCUUAGUGUGACUAAGUCUGUGUUCCCCACCGGAGAAAGAAUCGCAUUCUCUCUGUCACAGGCAAAGGGAUCAGAAUAUGUGACCAGUUACACCUGGAGUUUUGGAGAUGGUCAGAAUGUUACAGUGACCGGUUUGACUAAUUCUGCUCAGAACACGCACACCUAUAUGAAGGCUGGAAAAUACAAUGUGUCAGUGACUGCCUCUAACAGUGGAGGCCAGGCUUCCUGUUACAUCACCAUCUCCAUAGAAGACAUGUUGAAGGCAGUGUACUUAGAGCUUCCGUGGGGAUCACAGGUAGGACAGCGGACUCUACUGAGGGCUUCUCUGUUUGGGGACCACCUCAACGACUUUGGUCUGGUCCACUAUGUGUGGAAGUUUGGUGACAAGUAUAAGGAGGAACCCUAUUUGACCUGGACACCUGCCACUUCACACAAUUACAACAGGACAGGGGAGUACUCGGUCAGUGUAGAGGCGGUCAAUGCUGUAGGGUCAGUGAAGAGGGAGAUGACCAUUAAUGUCUAUGAGGAGGUGGCCACGGUACAACUCAAGUUAACGGGAAACUUUCAGAGUGUGAACAAGGGAACAUUUCUGAGUAGAUCCGCCACGUCGGAUCUCCUUGCCAUAGAACUGUCCAAGAUUUUGCAUCUUUCACCAAAGAGACUGAUUGUAACAAUCCCCUCAAAUACAAAGUCUAAUAUUGUUGAUGUUACAAUUCUGCCCCCAGAAACAAGGGGCUUGUCCAUUAAACAGGUGCUUUCAGAAAUUCAGGACAAAGUUCAAGGUCAAGAAGUGGUCUUUACAUUGUUGACAGAUGCAGAAAAUACAGUUGCAGCCAUUAGUGUCAAGGUCAUACAUUCUCAAGAUAUUCCAUCACCAAACAGUCCAGUUCCUUGGAAUGUGGUCACGCCUCCAUCCUCAUCUCAUAAUGAGGACACGCCCACCUCAGUAAACACAAAUAUAUCUGUAAUAGUGGGCGUGUCUGUUACUAUCGCAGUAUUCAUCAUUGUAGGAAUCAGUAUAGCAAUAUACAGGAGAAGAAAAGUGAAAAAAGAUCACCGUUAUUCGCUGAUAAUGAAUCGGUCACAAUUACCAAAGACUGAUGAUGAGGAAGACUUUAUGGAUGAUGAUGAUUUUAUUGAAGGGAUUGAUGAAUAUUUAGACGGUGAUGAUAAUACAGAUGGCAGCUCAAAUAUUGUAAUAAACACAGGUCGACAUCCUACAUUGGUUAUGAUGACAGGUGGUCGUCAUAGUAACAGUCCUGAUAACACGUCUAUAUGCUAGCAUCGUAUAGUUUUAUACUUUAUCAUUUUAAUUUCAAUUCAUAAGUCAUAUGCCAUGAAGAUGGUGAAUCUGUUGACAUUUUUCAACAUUUUAUGGAUUUAUGAUGUCAUUGUUUUAUUUAUUGUUAAAUUUUGCUUUUAAAAAGUGUUCAUUUUAUUCAAUGAUCAAAAGCUAUUUGAAUUCAACAUUGUGUUUUUAUUCUGUGAGAAAUGCAUUUUACUAUUUUGAUUCCAUAGCAAUUAGAUUGUUUUAAAAACAGUCUUUGCAGUGUGUGCCUGUACUUAUGAUGUUACUUUUAUUAGAAUGAGCUACAAUUACCGAUAACUAGAAUAUCUUUUCCAAAUUUGUACAACUCUCCAGAAUACACUUUACAUAGCCUUUAAUCCUCUUCAGAUUAUUUUCACUUUUUUUAAAGGGAAAUUCAGUUUCCCAGUUUGAUUUCCAUGUCUCAUAUAAAGGCUUCUUUUAUGCUAUUUUUACAGCAGUAGAAUCUCUCAAUAUUCUUUAUUUAAGCAAAAAUAAACCUCUAUGUUGUCAUCCUCUGUACAGUCUGAUUUGAAAUACAUGUACUGGGCAUGAUUUUCUGUUCUUAGUUUCUUGAUUACUAAAUGUUAUGUUUUUGUUGAGCUUUUAUUCAGUGCUAUGAUAGCUUUCGUUGUUUUAUUUCUUACACUUUUACGUGUCUUGUGUAUCCAGGGUAACAAUUUUUUAAUGUAUCAUCUCGACCUAUACAUGUAUGUGUGUGCAAUAUAUGUUUAUUAACAAGCACAAACAUGCAAGGUUGUUUUUUUUUAAAAUAUGUAAUGCUGGAAUAUGCAUUUAAUAUAUAACAUGUUUAUAGCAGAAUGCUACUUCUACAGAAAUUUAUCUCAAAGUUAACUGCAAAAAUCAUUUAGGACAAAAAUACAUGAAUUUGCAAGUGCUAUAUCUAAUCAAUAGUGCAUUAUUUACACAACUUGAUUGUAGAAUUUUCAUGAAAAAUCAGUUUUACUUGUAGUUAUAAUUUCAUGAUCUCCCAACAGAAUUGCUAGACUGGAUAAAACAAUUUCAUUGACAUGAGUUGUGGCCCUUUGUCUUUCGUUUCUGGCUUUGAAUAGUAUAUGUAGUCUCAUUAUUACGGUCAUAAAUGAACAUGAUGGAAAAUCAUGAAUUCACAUGUGAAAUAUUUAAGUAUUUUAUUACUGUAUAAUAGCUAGUAGCAUUAGUUAAAGGGAAAAGUGGCUUUCUGGUGUUUGAAAGAGAAGUGAGUACAUGCACGUUAAUUUCUGACUUUUCCAACACUCUUCUCCUACUCUUGAUGGUGUUCAGGAAUUGGAUUGUGUGUUAAUCUAGGGUUCAUAAUGUAGAUGAAGAUCACAAUAUAUUGAUUUAUAGAGGCGUGGAAACAAGUGUGCCAAAUUCUAGGCCUGUAAAUUUUGUGUCAAACUUUUAUCUGUUAAAUCUGAUCACUUUUAUGUGAAAAUACAUUAAGGUGUAUGAGAAGUCAGAAUGACUUAUGUACAUGUGUGCAUUAUUUGUCUUCCAUCCCUGCUUUAUGUUUCACUGCUUUAUGUUACAUCACUUAUAAUUCUCUCACUAUGACCUUUGACCCAGCUGUGAUGUCAUCAAUGCAGUCUGCAUAAUCUGAAUGAGAAUGGAAAGGGAAAACAUUUGCUUCUUAGUUACUGUUUAUCUCCAGUGAGUUCAUUGAUUGUUUCUUUUUAAAAUGACAAAGGACAUGUGGCAAAUGUCGUGUCUUUUGUGAAAUAAAAGCAAAAAUGAACUGGAUUAAUUGGGAGAAAAAACAGUAACUAAUGAGCAAAAGUUGCUGAAGCUGAGGUGGAGAUCAGAAGAUUUAAGACUAAUAAAUUCUUAAUGCAAUUUCAAUGCAGCUUUCCAGAUAUAUUAUUUACACAUAUGUAUUCCAUUUUUCUCUGUGUAAAUUUUUUUAAUUGAAAUGCGUUUAAUGAAUAUGUUAUUUUGAUGUUCACUGCUUUGAUGUUUGAAUUCACUGCACUCUCAUGAAACUUUUAACAUUAUUUUACAUGGAGACUGCCAGUGAAAGGUUAUAAUUUCACAUUUUAAGAUUUAUUUGAACAUACUUGUAAUUAAUGUAUAUAUUGUUUGCUUUACAUGGGUUCAUGUAUACUGUUAGAUAUGGAGGAACAUUAUUGGGUAUCUGCUUUAUGUAUGGCUGUGUAUAAGAUUUUUUCCCCCUUGAUUCUAGAAAAUGUGAUGUUUAGUUUCUAUCUAGAUAGCAAUAGAUUUGUUUUUAGGUACUAUGAAAUGACUAUCAUCAGUACCAGAAAUCGUAGCAAGAUGCUGCAGUGUCAACCUGUGUUAAACACUGUCAAAUCGCUCAUUUCUGUGGGUGUCAUAUUUUCGUUGUCUUAAUGGUAUGAACAUGCAUACGGCUUCAAAAAAUUAAUUAUAUGAUGGAGUGAACAAAUUAGGAAGACACAAAGAACAUGCAAUUUUUCUUCAAACCACAAAAAUAUGAAUCUAUGAGUAGAUUUUUUUCAAAUAAGUUACUAAUACACGUAUUACUAAUGCUGUUUCUACCCUAUGUUGACAAGCUUGUUACAGAUCACAGAUUUCAUGGUGUUGUAGUAUUAACAUUGACCUUGUUUCUGUGUUUCUAUUUACCAUUAAGAUUCCAUCCGUGAAGAAGACCUGUGAUUUCAGAAUUAAUUUUAACAUAUCAAAUAUUUCUAUACAUUAGUGAGUUCUAUAUUCACACCAGUUUACAUUCUACAUUCAUUCAUAUUUGUAAAGGGGUGUGAUUUUUCCUCUUCUCAGAGGAAUUCCUCUGAUUGGCUCAAUUUUUAAAAAAAUGAAACACUGGGUUUGAUCUAAAGUGACAGAAAAGGAUAUUUUUCCAGGUAGGGUGUCAGGUGUUUUCCUCCCUUUUCGACCAGUUUUUCUCUGAUUUCUGAGGAAUUCAGACAGCCCUGUUUGUAGAUCAUGUGUAUAAAUUCUUGGCAGACAAACAACGUUGUAUCGAAAUGAAAGGUAGUUGCAUUUAGCACCUAUUGUAGUAGAUAGGGGUUUUUUGUUCGUUUGUUAUUUGUAAAACUUUCGUUAACAGUAAUUUCAUGAGAUUGUGAACUCACAAAAACUUAUUUGUUUGGUGUUUCUUUUAUAUGCUUAUCAGUACUUGUGUAUUGACAGCUGAUCUCUCAAAAAUAGUGAGUUCUGUCACAUGAAAAUUACUAAAUCUGCAGCAACAUCAUUCUGAUGUAGAAACAUUGACACAGGUUUCAGGGUUCCUGUAAUAACCUAUGGCUGGCUCUAAACUCUACGAAUGUUUUUACCAAGUUUACAAGAUAAACAAUCACACCAUGCAAUUUUGAUCAAAAUGUUCUCUCACAAAAGAUACGGACCUUGUGUUUCACAAAAACUGGGAUAUACUUCAGGUUCCAAUUCAGAUCUGGCAUGUAUUUUCCUUAUGACUAUUUAAAUACCUUUUAGAAAGAUACCAAAAAUGACAUCCACACCCCAAGAACAUAGAAGCUGGAAACCCCAUCUUGAAGACACCAGUCAAGGGUUCUUUAUUCUAGUACAAGGUGUAGAAUCGUUAAUCUUUGACUGGUGAAGAUGGGGCAAACCCUAGUAUUUUGAUUGGCUUGUAUUAUGCUCAACAACACAAGUUGGACAGUAAAUGAUAUAAGUAACAAAUUUAUAUUCUGACUACCAAAGUUACGAUUUAACCAUUGAGAAAUACCAGGGUUUUUUAAUUAUUAUUAUUUCAAGCAUUCUGGCAAGAUAGAAUUAAGCACUGAAUAAAAUUUGUUUGAUACAAAUUUCCUGUAUGUGAAGAAAUUUUCAUUGUUGCAUUAUUUGACCCUAAGUGAUAUAGAGUUGGUGUGUUGUAAGCUGAGUUUCUGUAUUAGGCUGUGUAUGCCACAUACUGGGGCCUGUCUUACUCAACAGUCUUUCAUAUGGAGAAUAUUGUACUACAUUGUAUCCUAUCUGUCCUUCAACGUAAUAUGAUGCGUACUGCUGUUAGUCCACGAGUGAGCAGAAUAAAAUAAUGCCAGUAUUUUUAAAACUGUAGAAGACCUGAAGGUCAUAAUUUUUAAUGAUGUAUAUUUUUAAAACUACUUGCACAUGUAUAUUAAAGGGGGCAUUAACUGAUCAACUGGUGUUUACAAUUCAAUUCCGUCUUAAUAUCAAGAAAAACUUUCUCACGUUUGUGUUUGUGUGUGAUGUGCUUUGAAUGCAUUUAUUCAUGCCAAUAAACUAUGGAAAUAUA